UCUUAGUCGGUCCUCCCUGAAUCGAGCACUCUCACUUGGAUGUAAUAACUUGUCGUUGUGCUACGCUGGCUUCCUCUUUAACUUGGUGCCUUUUAAGCGCGUCAACCAGCUACACUCAUACACGCAUAUGCAUAGGCAUGCUUAACACAUGCACAAACCGUGUAAUAGUAAGCACCUGUCUGAAGUUUUAUAAAUUGGACAAAUUGCGGGACUCGUUAAGUAACGCAUGAAACAUAGUUAGUUUGGUUUCUCUGUGCACAUCUAAAUAUAUAAAUAACGCGUGGAUAUAUUAAAAGUUAUUAGUUUGAAUAUUCAAGUCGCAGAGUUGUGUUCAAACUUAAACGCCAAGUCAUCAAAUAAGGACUCUUUAAAGGAAUUCAAAUGGAUACCAAAUACCAAGCUCCACUGAAGCUUACUUGCAUAUUGCUCGUACUAAGCCUUGCUGAAGCGAUCCCUAAGCUGGAUAAUAAACCAAAACCUUACUCCGACAAUGCGCAAUGGAGUCGAGCAUACCCAAAUGAAAAUAGAACUCAGCUAAAAGAACCGGAGACUGCAUCAACAAAAGACAGGCUAGAGCGCCUAGGCUACACCACUGGAUAUGGAAGCUUAAAUGGAUAUCCAAGUAGCUCUGGACUUUCAGCAUAUAAUCCAAUUAAACUGGAUCUUGGCGGAGUCGUGCUGGGAACACUUGUUGGCAUCGGUGCAAUAAUUCUCAUACCUAAAAUACUAUCCGCCUUUCACGGAGGCUACGGCGGCUAUGGACGCGAGGACGACAAUGACUUAGCGUCUCUCAGCAGUAUGAUAAACAAAAUUGACAAUGUGCUUGGUCAAAACAAUAUCGACUCAACUAGUUGCAUGCAACGUGCUGUCUGUGGCUAUAUUCGGUCGACAGAGAAUAAUAUAAAGUCCGGAGUCUCCGAUCAGAUGGAUGAAUUCAUUCACAUGCUGUCCGGGUAAGCUAA